CACUGUAACCUCAACAUGUGCCGUACAAGUGUACGCUCAGUGUAAACACAAUUUUACUUUCUCCGAUUGAAUCCAAACGAAAUGAGAGUGAAUUUAGAAAAUUUGCAGGAUAAGGAGAAAACACAAGAAAUUAAUUUCGUUGGAGUUAAUUUUAAGGAAAAUAUUUCACUAUCGAAACGCUAUGAAGACUAUCUCAUUCAGAAUAUUUGCUGGAAAUUAUCUAACCCAGGGAGAAGAUCAAUUCUUGCUGGAGAUUCAAGAUAUCCUCCCUUUAAACUCCAGGGUAAGAGUACACUGCUAUCCACCUACCUACUCUAAACAGCUCUUGGAUAAUCUGGAUUUAUCCAAGGUUUUGAAAGAAAACUCAGUUUUAAUAACACCCAGCACACCAACACAUCUCCUUGUAGCUCUUCUCCUUGAUAACAGUAGGGUAUGCUGGGGGGUGUAUACGGAUACAGAAUACAAGGAGCGGAUCGCUAGGCCUGGAGACGGGGAUCCAAACCAUGUCUUCAGUAUUAAUUUCAACAAAGCACAAGCAAAGAUUGCUGAGUCAGUUCAGUUGUUGAGUGAAACAGAGAAAAAGUUUUUAUUUGAUGAAGAGCUUCUCGUGGUAGAUGUAGGAGCUGCUCCUGGUGGCUGGUCAGCAUAUCUAGCUGCUCUGUCACAGGUGUCUGUUAUCUCUGUGGAUCCAGCGGAAUUGGAGCCAAAUCUACUAAAUCUACCAAACCUCCGGCAUCUUAAACUAAAGGCGGAAGAUGUUGUUGGCGGAUGUCCGACUCCACUUCAAGUCUCCGCCGCUCAGCUUUGCGGAGAAAACUGGACACGAAAAUACAGAUUAUUGAUCUGUGAUGCUAACCUGGAUGUCCGAGACUCAGUUCGUGACCUCGUCCUCCCCCUGACCUCCGACCUCCUCCCGGGGGGUAUCCUCGUCAUCACCCUCAAGCUGGGGAGGAGGGUGGGGGAGGAAGGGAUCCUCAGGAAGGUGGAGGCUGUUAAAAGGUUGUUGAUAACUGCUGGUAUAGAGGAAGUGUCAAUACGAACGGUUUGGCUGUUUAGCAAUAGUAAAAACGAACGAACGGUAUUAGCCCGCAAACCUUUCUUGUGAUCCUUUAAACAAUAUCAAUAAAAUUUGUUAUUUUUUUUAA